GUUGAAAAGACAACUGACUACCCUUCCGCUGAAUACUCUCUGGUGGAGGAUGUAGCCCUCCACUUCACGUGUUUGAUGGACAGACUGAACGAGCAGCGCCUGUUUCAGCCGGACCUGUGCGACGUGGACAUCGUCCUAGUUCAGCAGAAGAGCAUCUUCCCCGCCCACAAGGGGGUCCUUGCCGCGUACAGCCAGUUCUUCCACUCUCUCUUCACCCAGAACAAACAGCUGCAGCGGGUAGAGCUCUCCCUGGAGGCCUUGACUUCCCAAGGCCUCCAGCAGAUCCUCAACUUCAUCUACACCUCCAAGCUGCUGGUGAACGCCUGCAAUGUGCAGGACGUCCUGAACGCCGCUGCCGUGCUGCAGAUGAACAACAUCGCCUCCUCCUGCCAGGAGCUCAUCAACACCAGAUCCCUCAGCCUGGCCAUGGCCAGCGACAUGGCCCUGCCCCCCGACGCCUGUGGCAACUCUGUCCCCCCGCAGUACUACUGUGAGAUUAAGCAAGAGGUGGACUCUCUGCACCCCAAGAUCUACGCCCGGGAAGGAAACGAUCCCUACUCAGUGCGAGUAGAGGACAGAAUGGGUGGAGACGGCAACCAGCACCUCCCGGCUGUGGCUGCCAAGCAGUAUUACAAGGAGGAGAAGGACAGUGGCCUGGCCACCAUGUGUAAGAUGGAGGGCGGGGAGUCUGAGGAGGAUCUGGACAGCCAGAGCUCUUACAACCGGGAGCAGAUCAUUGUGGAGGUGAACCUCAACAACCAAACCCUCAAUGUCUCCAAGGGGAUGGAAGGGAAGCCCACCGCCAACGAAGCUGCUGCCGUGAUCAGCCGACCGGACGGGGAUGGACGUGACACCGAGGAGGAAGGGGAGGAGGAAAACGAGGAAGCGGGGGAGGAGGAGGAGGACGCUGAGGUGGGGGAGGAGGAAGAGGAGGAGCACAGUGAAGAGGAAGACCUGGAGGAGACCACCGAGGAGGAGGAGGAAGAGGAAGACGACGAAGAGGCGUCCGAAGUGAAAAGGGAAAAAUCUGGGCAGCCCCGCAGGGGGAGCAGGUCGUCCAAGGCCACCAAGUCCACCAUGUCCACCCGGUCCCAGGAUCUGGCCAAGGUGGUGGAGGAAGAGGAGGGCCAGCGUGGGAGGAAGAGGAAAAAGGAGCAGGAUGGGCUGGGCCCGAAAGUCAAGCUGGAAGAGAAGCAGCACUACCCCUGCAAGAAGUGCCCCCGCGUCUUCAACAACCGCUGGUACUUGGAGAAGCACAUGAACGUCACCCACAGCCGCAUGCAGAUCUGCGACAAGUGCGGCAAGCGCUUCCUGCUGGAGAGCGAGCUCCUGCUGCACCAUCAGACGGACUGCGAGAAGAACAUCCAGUGUGUGACAUGCGGGAAAGCAUUUAAGAAACUCUGGUCUCUGCACGAACACAAUAAAAUUGUCCAUGGCUACGCGGAGAAGAAGUUCUCCUGUGAAAUCUGCGAGAAGAAAUUCUACACCAUGGCACAUGUUCGGAAACACAUGGUUGCUCACACCAAGGAUAUGCCGUUCACAUGUGAGACGUGUGGGAAGUCGUUCAAACGCAGCAUGUCCCUGAAAGUCCAUUCUCUUCAGCACUCCGGGGAAAAGCCUUUUAAAUGUGAGAACUGCAACGAGCGAUUCCAGUACAAGUAUCAGCUGCGCUCUCACAUGAGCAUCCACAUCGGACACAAGCAGUUCAUGUGCCAGUGGUGCGGGAAGGACUUCAACAUGAAACAGUAUUUCGAUGAGCACAUGAAAACGCACACGGGUGAGAAGCCCUACAUCUGCGAGAUCUGCGGCAAGAGCUUCACCAGCCGCCCCAACAUGAAGCGCCACCGCCGGACCCACACGGGAGAAAAGCCCUACCCCUGCGACGUGUGCGGCCAGCGUUUCCGCUUCUCCAACAUGCUCAAGGCCCACAAGGAGAAGUGCUUCCGGGUCAGCAACCCCCUGGCUUCGGACACCACCAACCCCGCCAACAACGGCGGCGGCCUCUCCGCUCCCCAGGGUGCCCCCUCGCCUCACUCACUCACUUUGCCACUGCUCCACCCCCUCCCCCCUCCUCCUCACCUACCGCCACCGCCUCCCCUGUUCCCAGCCGGGCGGGUCAAUUCGAACAACUAG